AUGGAACCGGUGGACGCGGAACGGGACCCCAUAUAUGACGUGACGGUCGUGACCGACAAGAGAGAGUUCAUGUGCGGUCUGAUGGCGGCGAUGGUCAACAUAAACCUCACGUUUCCGAUCUCCAAAGUGAUCUUCAGACAAAUGCUAUACGGGGUGCACAUCAAGAGCGCCGUCCAACAGCUCCGGCUGGAAGGGCUCCGGUAUCUGUACCGCGGUAUCGGUCCCCCACUCAUGCAGAGGUCGGUCACCAUUUCCAUAAUGUUCGGCACUUUCGCUGAAUACCGCAAACUCUUGGACACCAAUUACGGCCGAGUGGUCGCCCCCUCGCACACCUCCCGGUUAUGUAUGGCGGCGCUGAUGGCCGGCUCUACCGAAGCCAUACUGACGCCCUUCGAGAGGAUCCAAAUGCUACUUCAGGACAACCACUUCCACCGUCAGUAUAACAACACGUUUGACGCCUUUCUGAAGCUCCGGUCGUAUGGUAUCCGCGAAUACUAUCGCGGAUUGUCUGCCAUUUUGUGCCGAAACGGUCCCUCAAAUGUGCUCUUCUUCUCGUUGAGAGGAGAGGCGAAGAACUAUUUGCCGGUCUUUGAUGGCUAUGAGGGCCGGCUGUGGUGUUCGCUGAUGAAGGACUUCAUAUCUGGCGCGUGUGUCGGCGCCCUCAUCAGUAGUAUCUUCUAUCCGAUUAAUGUGAUCCGAACCCAAAUGCAGACCAAAGCGCCCGGCAGUCCCUUCGUGUCCAUACCUCAGGCCUUACGUGACGUCUAUGUGCUUAGGGGUCGGUCUAUACGUAAACUCUAUUAUGGCGUUCACGUCAACUACAGCCGUGCCUUCAUAUCGUGGGGUAUAAUCAACGCCUCAUAUGAGGUGUUCCGCAGAUUACUGUACGACUAA